AUGACUUCAUUCGGCUCCAUCGUUUCCGUUCAAAAAAGUAUUGAAUUGCAAAAGGAGUUACUGCAAUCAACCGAUAACAAUAUAGUUAAGAUAACGGGAAGACUCCCUGAAGAGGAUAAACCGAAAAUCUCCGAAGUUAAAAGUACAAUAUCGCGUUCGAAUGGUACUCCACCCACAGUACUUUCUCGUAUUGAACCCAAUACUCGCAGUAACGAUGAUGUUUCAAUCCAAUCCUCGGUUGUUCGAGUAGGUGAAAAACGAACUCGUUCAGAUGCUAUCAAGGAAUAUAAAAAUAUGGAUCAAGAACGUGGUCGUCGAAUGUUUGGCAUUUUGCAACAGACAUUGAGCCAAUCAAAAGCGGAAACUAAUGAGAUAAAGCGAAAACGACGCCUCGAGAUUGAGUCUCGGAUUGAAGCCAAAGCCGCUGAAGAGAAGGCUGCAGCCAAACAGGAACGAGCCGACCUUUUCCGCCAACGCAAAGCCCAGCAACUUGAGUUGAGUCUACUCCAGCACAAAGCGCACUUGAUGAACGAAUUUGAGAUCUGGAAAGAGGAGCAGAUGAAAAUGGUAGAUUUUAUCCGUACUGAACAGGGUCCCCCAAUAUUUUAUCGUCCAAAAGUUUGUAAUAAAGAGAGUGAAUCGCGUAAAUCUGCUACCAAAGCAAAGAUUCUUGAGCUCAUUGAAGAUCGUCGACGUUUUCUGGAGGCCGAAUAUGAGGAAAUAGCCACAAGUCGCAGAAAGCGUCUUGGCAUCACCUCCAAUGAUUUGGAGGAAACCGGAAAGUCAGCAGGCAAUUCCUCCGGACCCAAGGCAGAUGGGGAUAGUGGUUCACCUCAGCGAUUUGUUCACAUCACAACAGCAGCCAAAUCAACAGGCAACAACAGUAUCCCAGCUGUGGACUUUGAAGACCUUGUUGAUGAACCAGUUCUGAUGGAUGAGGAUGUUCCCUCUGAUCGUCGAAUUGUCUCCACUGUUGGGGAAUAA